AUGGAAGCAAUAGGGACAAUCAGCAACAUUGCUGGCAUUUUAUCCGCCGGAAUACAAGUUUGCGAAGGGCUAAUCAAUUAUUAUAAUGCCUGGAAAGGUAGUAAAAAGGAGAAUGCCGACAUGAUUAAGUCUAUCGAAGGCCUUUUGACAAACUUUGCGCUACUAAAAGCAGUCUUACAAAGUUCGGCUCUCGAUAAGACAAUGACGAUGACUGUGGAGUCUAAGAUCUUGGACUGUGAAGACAGUAUCGCAGAGUUGGGUGAUGUAUUGAAGAAGGUCAUGGUCUGCAAGCCUUUUGUCGUAAAUGGAGAUGAUUUGAUCGCGAGAAAAAGCCAUGACAACCAGGGCUUUAGGGACAAGAUGACGGAGCAAGGAAGAAGAAUUUUAUAUCCAUUCAGAAAAAGUACAUUGAUGAGGUUACAAGAGAGCAUCGAACACGUGAGGAGUAACCUGGUUUUUGCUAUGGAUAUUUUGAAUUUGUCUACGGUAUCGACGACUGCAGAGAAAGUCGUCGAUAUUUCGAAACAAGUCACAACGAUUAGUGACGGUGUAGGCGGAAAGGAUAGGUUACUGUGGUGCUCAGGCUCCCCCGGAGCUGGCAAAACAGUUCUUACUUCUGCCAUUGUUGAUGAUUUAGAAUCAAGAUUUUCAGUAUCGAACGUCGGAAUAGCAUUCAUAUAUUGCAACUACGCAGAGAAAGUCAGCAUUGCCGAAUAUCUCGCUAGCAUUAUACAGCAGCUCAUUCGACAACGAUUUGUAAUACCGGAUUACAUUCUUGAUUUAUAUCACAAACAUAGGUCUAUGGGAACCAACAUUAAUGCCGCCGAAGCUGUCCACUUGCUACACGCGUUGACAUCCGAGUUCCCUCGUUUAUAUGUAGUCGUUGAUGCCCUAGACGAGUGCGAGGAAACAAAGAAAACAAGGACGAAUCUCAUUCGGCAGUUACAGAAUUUGCCCUCGAAUGUACAUCUCCUCCUUACUUCACGUCGCCUAGGGGAUAUUGAAGAGAAGCUAUCUGAUUAUCCGCAUCUCAAUAUUCAAGCUAGUGAUGAUGAUGUUCGAGCGUAUCUGGAGGCACGAAUAGAUAUGGAGGAGAAUAUCCUAAAAUUUUGCAAGAAAGAUCCAACGUUACGAAAGACAAUCGUCGGAAAGAUUGCUGAAAAAGCUCAUGGAAUGUUCCUUCUCGCCCAUAUGCACAUAGAAGCUAUAGCUUCAGAACUGAAGAUCAGUCGUGUUAGAAAAGCAUUGACUGGACUGCCAGAAAUCCUUGACAACACUUAUGACGAUGCCAUGAAAAGAAUCAUGGAGGGGCAAGAGACGAACCGCAAAAUCUUGGCCAUGAAUAUUUUGAUGUGGCUCUCUUGUGCAAAAAAGCCUCUGACUGUGCGUGAGCUACAGCAUGCUGUGGCUAUCAUGGAACUCGACUCUGAUGAGAGCGAAUUAGAUGAAGAUGAAAUUUACGAUCAGGAUUUGCUUUUGACAGUCUGUGCUGGUCUCGUGGUAGUCGACCCAGAGAGCGGUGUUAUCCGUUUGUAUCAUUUUACUCUCCAGGAAUACUUUGAGCGUCAUCGUGCAAAGCUCUUUCCUAAUUCUGGUGUGUUAAUUACUCAAGCUUGCAUCAGAUAUCUAUCUUUGGACAACUUCAAAGAGCCCGAAUGUCCAAACCCCGAAACAAUCAAGACUCGACUCAAGGAGUAUCCUUUAUUAUCAUAUGUGAGCCAACAUCUCGGUGUACAUGCUCAAGGUGCAGCGGAAACAGAGCUCAUGGAUGACAUUCUACAUUUCCUCAAUCAAAAAACACUUGUUAAUGGCGCAUCUGCUGCUAUGAUGCCUUUCAGCAUUCGACAUAUGAUUGAAUUUCCUCCGCCAAUUGUCGCUGCUGCUAUGUUCGGUUUGCCAACAAUUGUUGGCGAAUUGCUUAAGGGAAGAGCAAAUAUUGAAGCAGUCUGCCCCAAGGACUUCACACCUUUGUUGGUAGCAGCGGAAUUAGGCCACUUCUCUGUGGUUCAACUCCUCAUCAAUUCCAAAGCCAACCUUUUGGCUAAAGAUCAUCAACAAGAAAAUUCUCUCCAUAAAGCUGCAUGGAAGGGGCAUGUAGAGAUCGUAAAGCAACUUGUUUCUGCCCAACCGUCUUUGAUCGAAAUUCCAUUUGAAGAGCAUUUCAACAAGACAGCACUCCAUAUCGCCAUCGAUGGCCGGCAUGAAGGCGUUAUCAGAGCUUUGAUAGAAGCUGGAGCUGACGUCAACGCAUCAGAUGAAUUAAGUUUGACUCCAUUGAUGAAAGUGGUAGUAGAUAAUCUUCCAGAUGCCAUUGAUCUGCUUAUUUCAAAGGGAGCAUAUGUUGAUGCGAAAGGGUUUCGCGAACAUGCUACGUUAUCUAUGGCAGCGACGGCAGGAAAUAUUGUGGCUGUUAAGAAAUUACUAGCAGCAGGAGCUGAAGUUGAUGCUGGCAAGAAUACUUACUCGGGUACCGCAUUGGUUCGUGCCGUCAGCUCGGGUCACGCAAAGGUUGGCCGUGAUGAUAGUGUACAAGUUCUCAUUGAGGCGGGUGCUAAUCUCCAUGCGAAGACAUUCGAAGGAAACACAGCUUUGGCUUCAGCUGGGCAAUUGAGAAAUAGAGGUCCGCAUCCAGAAGUUAUUGCUUUGUUAACAGGAGCAAUGAGAAGCAAUCCUCUUGGCACCGUUGCUUAG